AGAGACGUCAGGGGAGAGAGGGAGGGAGGAAGUGGAGAAAGUUGGUGGAGGAGUGAAGAGAGGGAGCAGAUGGGAGGAAGGAAGCACAGGAUCACUGGCAGCGCCUUUUGACCACCGAAAACCUUCAAAACGCGGAAUCAACGCGUGGACGCGCCCGCUGGACGCGCCGCGGUGCUGUUCCCCUCAUGUCUGACGAACUUUGACUGAGCGAGCUUCUCCUCCUCGCUCGCUCCUCUGAUCCCCGGAAGAGAAGAGACAAGACGCCAAGAGUCGAGGAGCUUCGGAAGGACGGAAGUUCGUCCCCGGCAGAAGCGAUAGCGAUAGCCGCGCUUGAAGCGUCGUCGCUUGGGCACAAGUGUGCGCUAUGGCCGGGGCCAAGCCGGGAGUCCACGCUCUGCAGCUGAAGCCAGUGUGUGUCCAGGAGGCGCUGCGGAGGGGGGGCAAGUUCAUCAAGUGGGACGAGGAACCCAACAGUGGCCCCCCAACACUGGUGACGCUAAAAGUGGACCCUGAUGGCUUCUUCCUCUACUGGACGGGAGGCGCUAACCUGGAGGUGGAGAUUCUGGACAUCAGUACGAUCAGAGACACCAGGACUGGGAAGUUUGCCAAGCAGCCAAAGGAUCCAAAGGUCCGUGAAGUGCUCGGUUUCGGGAAAGGUGAGAACGUCGAGGGGAAGCUGGUGACCGUCGUUUACGGCAACGACUUGGUCAACAUCUCCUUCCUCAACUUCCAGGCCAUGCAGGAGGACACCGCCAAGAUUUGGACAGAUGAACUUUUCCAGUUGGCAACAAACAUCCUUUCACAGAAUUCGUCGCGGAACAUUUUCCUGCUCAAAGCGUACACCAAGCUGAAGCUGCAGGUGAACCAGGAUGGAAAGAUUCCUGUCAAGAACAUCCUGAAAAUGUUCUCGGAUAAGAAGCGAGUGGAGACAUCACUGGAGCAGUGCGGCCUGGUCAAUAAUCGGUCCGAGGGGAUUAAGCCAGACGACUUCACCUGGGAAGCCUUUCAGAGGUUUCUGGACAGUCUUUGUCUGCGGCCUGAGAUCCAGAGCAUCUUUGAGGAGAGUGGCUCUAAGGGGAAGCUGUUUAUCUCCUUGGAUCAGCUCAUGGACUUCAUCAACCGAAGACAAAGAGACUCCAGGCUCAAUGAGGUCCUGUACCCGCCGCUCAAACGAGAGCAGGUUCGGCAGAUCAUGGAGAAGUACGAGACCAACAGCAGCCAGCUGGAGAGAGACCAGAUCAGUCUGCAGGCGUUCAGCCGUUACCUGGGAGGAGAAGAGAACAGCAUCGUUCCUCCAGAGAGGCUCGACGUCAUCGAUGACAUGAACCAGCCGCUGUCGCACUACUUCAUCAACUCUUCACACAACACCUACCUGACCGUGGGUCAGCUGACUGGGCUGUCCUCCGUGGAGAUGUACCGGCAAGUUCUGCUCACCGGUUGUCGCUGUGUGGAGCUGGACUGUUGGAAAGGACGGCCGCAAGAUGAGGAGCCGUACAUCACACAUGGCUUCACCAUGACCACUGAGAUUCCUUUUAAGGAGGUAAUAGAAGCCAUCGCUGAGAGCGCCUUCAAGACAUCGCCAUACCCAGUCAUCCUGUCUUUCGAGAACCACGUGGACUCAGCCAAGCAGCAGGCCAAGAUGGCAGAGUACUGCAGGACCAUCUUUGGAGAUGCACUUCUCAUCGACCCCUUGGAGAAAUACCCGCUGGUCCCGGGUCAGCCGCUUCCUUCGCCGCAGGAGCUGAUGGGAAAGAUCCUGAUCAAAAACAAAAAGAAGCAUCACCACCAUCGUCCAUCCAGCAGCGGCAGCAUCCGGCGGCGGGAGCUGGAAGAGCAGACUCCGCCUCACAACGACUGUCCUCUGAUGGACGGGGAGGGAAGUCAGCUCAUGACCAACGGCGAGGAGAAGCUCGCGGAGAGGAUGAUGAAAGAUUUAGAACCAAGGAAGUCCAUAGGAGGGGAAGGAGAGAGUGAGGAUGAGGAGGAGGAAGAGUCCGUCACCGACCUAAAGAAGCCCAACUCAGAUGAGGGCACGGCGAGCAGUGAAGUGAACGCCACUGAAGAGAUGUCCACGCUGGUCAACUACAUCGAGCCGGUGAAGUUCAAGUCCUUUGAGGUGGCAGCAAAGAGGAGAAAGUUCUUUGAGAUGUCCUCAUUUGUAGAAACCAAAGGGAUGGACACGCUGAAGAGUUCCCCGGCUGAGUUUGUGGAGUACAACAAGAACCAGAUGAGCAGGAUCUAUCCCAAGGGAACCAGAGUGGACAGCUCCAACUACAUGCCUCAGCUCUUCUGGAACGUCGGCUGCCAGAUGGUGGCGCUGAAUUUCCAAACACUGGACCUGCCCAUGCAGCUCAACAUGGGCGUGUUCGAGUACAACGGUCACAGCGGCUACUUGCUGAAGCCCGAGUUCAUGCGCAGGACGGACAAGCACUUUGACCCUUUCACAGAAAACAUCGUGGAUGGCAUCGUCGCUAACACGAUCAAGAUCCGGAUCAUCUCAGGUCAGUUCUUGACCGACAAAAAAGUGGGCGUUUACGUGGAAGUGGACUUGUUUGGACUUCCUGCCGACACCAAGCGAAAGUACAGAACCAAAACGUCGAACGGGAAUUCUCUGGACCCAGUCUGGGAUGAUGACCAGUUUGUUUUCAACAUGGUGGUCCUUCCGACCCUCGCCUCGCUGAGAAUCGCUGUGUUUGAGGAGAACGGAAAGUUCAUCGGACACCGGAUCCUUCCUGUGUCAGCGAUCCGACCAGGUUUUCACUACAUCAACCUGAAGAAUGAUCUCAACCAGCCCCUGCUGCUGUCGUCUCUGCUGGUCUACACUGAAGCCCAAGACUACAUCCCCAAUGAGCAUCAGAAGUACGCUGAAAUUCUGACCAACCCCACCAAGCAUGUGAGUGAGCUGGACAAGCGGGAGACCCAGCUGGCUGUUCUGAUCAAAGACAACUCUGAGCAUGUCCCCGACCUGCCCAGAGAGGGCGACACCAGGAAGGAAUGUGAGGCUGCGCCGGGAGGUCACAUGCUGCCACCCCCCUGCAGCACCCCGACCUCGACCUGGCCGAAGGAAGACUCCCCUGACAUCCCCCUGCACGUCCCCGCUCCCAGCCAGAGUCAGAAGGAGGACUUGAUAGAAACAGUUCUUGCAGACAUUCAGGUGCAGCCGGUGGAGGAGUUGAAGCAGCAGAAAGGCUACCUGAAACUCAUGAAGAAGCAAGGCAAAGAAAUGAAAGAGCUGAGGAAGAAGCACCUGAAGAAGGUUUGGAAUCUGAGUAAAGAGCAGAAGAAUCGCCACAGUCAGCUUCAGUCCGAUUCUCAGAGGAGGCGGAGUCAGAUGGAGAAACACCUGCACCGCAGCAUCAGGAAGAACGAGCCUCAGGAGCAGGUGCAGCGGGAGCUCUCCGCUCUGACGCAGGAAAUUGAGAAGCAGACGCUGCAGCUGCGAGAGUGGCAGAUGAACGAACUGCUGGACCUCAGACACAAACAGCACACGCUGGAGAGAGAGAAGCAGCAUUCACACCUGCAGGAGGCCUUCCAGAAGCUGAAGGAAACGGCCCAUGAGUGUCAGGCGACGCAGCUCAAGAAGCUGAGAGACAUUUGUGAGAAAGAGAAGAAGGAGCUUCAGAAAAUUCUAGACCGAAAGCGUCAGAACAGCAUCAGCGAGGCGAAGAGUCGGGACAAAGACGAAGCAGAGGCAGAGCUCAACGACAUUAACAGAAAACACAUUCAGGACUCAGUUGCGCUGAUCAGAAGAUUGGAGAAAGCUCAGUCCAAAAGGCAGGAGAAGCUGAUGCUCAGGCAACGAGAAGUUCUGCAGAGGAUUGAUGAAGAGAUGCCUCAGCUCCACGCGCGUCUGGAGGCGGACUUGGAGAUGGAGCACGAGCGCCUCCCGCAGGAGAUCUACGAGCACCUGCAGGCGGAGCUCCAGCACAAAUCCUCGCGGAAAGAAGGCUUCUUCUCCCCUUUGUCCAAUCACAGUAGCUCCACUUCCAUCUGCUCCACCCCCUCGAACCCGUCCACGCCGACGCGCAUCUCGUGGAGCCGCAGUCUGGACACUAGCACCAACUCUCUGGCUGAGUCUACGUCGUCGUCAGCUACACCCUCAACGCCGGUGCUGUCAGAGGCUGAAACCUCGCUGAGUUGAACUCUGCCUCAUUUGUGAUGACUUUGUUGUUUUAUUUUUUUUAAUCAGAGUUUUAUUGUCAUCGAGUCAGCACAUUGAAUUGAGACCACUCUUAUGCUUUUUUAAAAAUAAUUUCAUAUUAUUUUACCUCCAUUUCUUUUAAAGGUUUGUCUCUUUUAUUUAAGUAGAAAAACUUUUUAAUUAUUGACCAAGUCAUGUUUUUCAUCCCUGCCUUUCACGGAUCACUAAAAAUCUUUUUUUUUUUUUCUUUUUUUUUUUUUUGUGAUUUUGUUUUGAUUUUUACUUUGACCUGUGAAGUUGUCCUUUUUUCCUAACGUUAUUUGAUUUAUUUGUAAAAAUGUUGUAGGAUUUAAAAUAACUUUAUGACCUGGAUGUAAACUUGUUUAGAGGUGAUGUAAAAAGGGUUGGUGUCUGAAAACAUGAACUUUGUGAGAGUAUCUUUCAGUUUGAGAACGAAAACCACUGGAGACUGUAAGCUCCUCCGUCCCUCCUCGUCCUUGUGCUCUGUAUAUUUGGUUUUCAUUUUCUAGCGCUGUUAUCGUUUUCCUCUUCGUCCACUCGCACUAUUCUUCCUGAUAACACCUGGAUGGGGAGUUAAUGUCCGGAACUCUAACAAAGUUUAUUAAACUUGAUA